UUUUGCAGUUUAUGGUUUUGUUCAAACGAGCUUUGCAAUCCCUGAUCAGAGACAGAUUGUUCACUCACCUUCGCGUGGUCUCAAUAACCGCAGUCGGAUUUCUCAUUGGUUUAUUAUACCUUGGUAUUGGUAACGAUGGUAACAAGGUUUUCAACAAUACAGGAUGUUUGUUCUUUUCUCUGUUGUUCUUGAUGUUCACUGCACUCAUGCCCACAGUUCUCACAUGUGAGUACAACCAGUUAAGAUGUAUGUAAUAAGGAACUUAACUAAACAUGUACGAUAGUAAUGCGAGGAAAAAUCUUAUAAAACUGACCAUGUUGAAAAUAUUGCCUUGUAUUAACCAUCGAUCCUAUGUAUGUGCCAGACGGUCAUAUGUCUAGACCUUAUAUCAUUUAUUGGUGGUUUUCAGAGGAAAAUUGAGGAAAAUUGUGUCAAGUACUAUUGUAAUUUAUUGUAAACAGAGACUGGAAGGCUGCCUCAAAACCUCCCGUAGAACUGAAUAUUUAUAAAUUUCUCGUUCGUGCGUAUGUUAUUAAUAUUAUAUUUCGUGAACAUUAUUUUGUACAAUGUCAUACAGUUAUUCAAUGUCACCGUGGCUCCUGCCUAUUUAAAUUUUCCUACACUACUUUCUUCCUUCUUUUUAAUACAAUACGGAAGCAAGUAAAAGAGAACUUAUAUAUUAAUUUUCAGUUCCCACAGAAAAGCUAGUAUUUAUCAGAAAACAUUUGAACAACUGGUACAGUUUAAAGUCGUAUUACUUAGCGAAGACAAUGGCUGAUCUACCAUUUCAGGUAUAAUAUUACAAGCUGCCCCAAAACUAUAUCCCUUUACGCCCACUUUUUAGCAUUACUACGUAACUUGUAAUAAAAAGUUUCAAGUAUUUCUAAUAAAUUUAAUUAAUAACUACCAUCCAUAUCAUAUUUUGAAAGAUUUUCUGUGCAUGUCAAAAUGUUCACCUUAUAAUCUCUUUAUGAGAGUUGGUCAGUUUGAGCUGUCUAUCAAAUACCACAGGUUUCCUUCGGGUACAAAGUUCGUACUAAGCUGAUGGCCCUUAUACUGGGUUUCCAGGACGGAGCAUUUUAAACAUAACUAACAAGAGCUGUCCACUAUGAACUGAUAGUUUGUUGAUAAUAAACUGUAAUUUCUUAGUUUACUAAACUCAUUAAUGCAUGGAGAUAUUGAACUAUUCAACUCCAAACAUAAAUGCCCGAUUUUAUAUUUUCUUUUUCUCUUUCAGAUAAUAUUUCCGGUUAUCUACUGUCCUAUUGUAUACUUCAUGACUGAACAGCCAUACGAUGGGAUACGAUACUGGCAGUUUUUGACCAUUACUAUACUCACAUGUCUCGUUGCGCAAUCAAUUGGUCUGUUGAUUGGAGCUGUUGCACCGAGUUUGUCGGUGCGUAUUAAUUACUAACUACAUUGAUUGUCUGUGUUACUGUAGUUACUGGUUUGCAGAACGAACGAUUCACAUAGUUUAUUUAUAUGGUACAAAAUUGACUGUUUCCGCAAACAGCCUGCGAACACAUGUCGUUAGUUGUACUGAAGACUUCUAUAUACUGUAGUUAUACUGUAUGCAACGCGUUGCAAUGUUGUUGCAAUCUAGUUUGCAAGAUAUCGUUAAAGAGCAUUGUAUUCGUAACAUUACAUCUUGUGACGACACAGGAGCCAUAUUGUUUAAUUGGCUAGAGAAAGAUAUAAAACGCCCUUUAAUAAGAGAAAGAUAUAAAAGCCCUUUAUACUUUAUAUAUGGAUUUAAAUUUAAGAGCUCAACGAUCUUGUUCUUUAUUUCGUUUUAUAUCUAGACCGCCGUUUUCGUUGCCCCGAUAACGGGUAUUCCAGUCCUACUAUUCAGUGGAUUUUUUGUGAACUUUGAGACAAUCCCAAACUACAUGCAAUGGCUGACGUACGUCUCUUAUGCAAGGUACAGUUGGGAAGGUAUCAUUGUCGUCAUUUAUGGUAACAAUCGCGCUCCCCUUGACUGUGACGUAGGACGAUGUAUAUUUCGCAAUUGUUCGGAUGUUCUGUCGACAAUGGACGUAAAAGAGGACGCAUUGGAGCUGAAAGGAGCCAAAGUCUACCUCAAUUGUGUAGUCUUGGCGGGAUUUUUCCUAGUACUUCGUUUGGUAACGUAUUUAGUGCUACGGUUUAGAUUAUGGUCCCACAGGUGAGGCUAUAUUGAUAUAUUAUAAGCAUUAUAUAUGCCUAAACUACUGUGAAAGAUGUAUCCUGAAGUAAAUAUAAUUAACAUUAUAUUGGGUUUUUAAUUUAAUCACUGGGGGUUAGUUCGUAAGAUACAAGACUGGUGUACACUAUCAAACGAGUUUCAUAAAAGUCUGUGCAAGUGUAAAUCUACUUUACAAAGUAUUAAAGUCACUCUUAAUUGUUACCGAGUUUGUAAUCCCUUGUACACAGGUUUUAAUUGCAAAUAGAAACUGACGAAAGCUUUCUCAACAACGUUUUAUUCCGUGAUAUGACGCCACUUUAAAAGGACUUUCAUUGAUAGUGUAAAUCAGCCUGUAUAUAGGCUACCACUCGUAAGACUACGGUCAGCCGUGCAGAUCGUCUUCGAAAAACGUCGCAUUAACAGAAAGACAUUUUCCUUUGUAACUCGCAAUUGAAAGUAAUUAAGUAACUUGUUUUAUUUGCUUAGCUCGCGCCAUGGAGCUUUGUCUAGUUUACCGAGCAAGUGACAGGGGCCGGAAAGCAAUUUUAUGGUUGGAGUUGGUGGUGGUGGGACUUUGUAUUUCAUUCCAAAAUAGGCAAGAUAAGGAAACUUAAUAAGUAAAAAAGUGAAAGUAACAAAAAAUAUUGUUGAUAAGCACACCCCAUUGAUUUCUAUUCACAUUUUGUUGGUCUUAAUUAAAUGUUUGAGCGUAAUUGUCAUGCAGUUGGCCAUCUAAAGAUAACCUUCGAUGUAGCCAGAAUGCAACCUUGGUAUUCACUUCAUAUUUUACACUCCCUUACCACUUUACACGCCUUUCUCGUGAAAAUUAGCUCCACAACAACCGGUUCCGCAGUCCCCAAAUGAAAUGCGUUAUGUUUAAUUUUCUGUUGUCAACAAACUUUUAGCAACUUGCAAAUAGGCAUGUAAAGAAAAUGUGGGAAUACAAACGGUUCUUGACUUCGACUUGGAGCUUUCAUUAUAGCCAAUUAUUUCACGAUAUCCAAUUUUUCACGGCUUUAACGCCACAAACUCAGUUUAGUUGCGUGCCGGUGUUACAAUCAAUUUAGACAAUGCCCGUUGAUCGCAGUCUUAUGAUCCGCAGCCAUUUGUCCAGACCAUAUUAUCACCAAACCGCGCUUUUAAAUCAUGCACUUCAUGAUAUAGCUAGUUAAUAUUAUUUUCAUAGUUAUACAUUAUAGUAAAUGUUCUAUGCAUUGUUGUAAUAAAUGUUAUAUGAUAUCAGUGGCCAACCUGGAUGUUAUGUGUGGAACUACAGUACUUGUCACUUUCUUGUACGUUGGGUUCUAAUUACGUCGAUCACGUGCAUCACACGAUGAUAAAUAGCGGCCACAAAUCCAGAGCUAAGAUGACCUGCCUCAUCUUAACAGAACAUUGUAGUUGCUGGCGUGGACUGAAUAUUAUUAUAAGUAAUAGCAUAAAAAGAAGCGAAUUAGCUAUUAAAACGUCCCGCUCGAUGAGGGUUAAUUCCCUUGGGCGCCGCUCGAUGAGGGUCAUUUAGUAAAAUUUACUAAAUGACCCGAAUCGAGCGGCGCCCAAGGAAAUUUUACUAAACGACCCUCAUCGGGCGGGACGUUUCAAUAGCUAAUUCGCUUCUUUUUAUGCUAUUACCUUAUAAUAUCAUGAUUGCGGGUAUUCCCGUUGGCGUUGUUCUCGCAUUAAAAACCAAUUAACAAUAAAUAAUGGUAUAAAUUAAAUGGUAUAAUUGUUUUCCCUGUCUUUGUUUAGUUUUGGCGAUUUCAGAU